GAACAGGUCAAGUGGCGGCAGGUGCUACAUCUUCCGUAGGAAGGUGUAGUCAUGUCUUCUGGUCUUUGUGAGAUGUGCUUUCGAUUGCUUGAAGACUUUGCUGCUCAUUUGAAGAGAGUUGGCAGAGCGUUUAAGAAAACAGUAAGCCUUAAAACUGAAAGGAGUUUCUGGAGGAGAACGACUCUUGAGUUUCCCUCCUUACACCUGUAUGAUGAUGAAACCCAUCAGUUCAGUCUGAAAAGGCUACAAGCACUGAACAAACUUGCAGCUUCAAAUGAUGUUCAUUUACAAAUGACUGCAGCCAUGUAUUAUUUGCAUCUCAGUCAUCAGUUGACAUCUUCCUUAUCGGACGACUUCCUGGGUCCCAUCAUGGCUUUACUCUUAUCACCUGACCUGCAUGUACAAAACACAAUCUCUCUGUCCCUGGUCAAUCUGCUAAUAAAGAAUAAUGUGUGCAAAGAGUUGGUGAUUGAAAUGGGGAUGCUGGUGCCCAUACUGGAGUUGUUCCAGUCUGGUGAUGCAACUGCUCAGUGUCACUCUUGUGCCUGCGUCGUCAUGCUGGCCUCCUCUGAAUCAAACACCGAUGCUAUGAUGUUGGAUGGAAUCAUGCCACUGUUGGCUUUAGCAAAAUCCUAUGACCCACAGGUGCAGCAGAAUGCAACCUGGGCACUGUUGCAUCUCACACAGUCAAAUUGGUCAAUGAGGAUCUUAUGUCAAGCAGGAGCUAUUCCUGUCCUGAUUCUUCUGCUGCAGUCCUCGGAUUCAGAGGUUCAAUUUUCCAGCUGCACUGCCCUGUGCAAUAUUGCUGCAAUCCAGGAACAUCAUUCAAAGUUGCUUAGCAUUGGGGGUCAUUAUUUGUUAAAGUCUCUUUUGACUCUCAUGUCUUCUUCUGUGCAAAAGAAUUCAGCCCAAGCAUGCAAAUGCCUACAAGCUCUCACAAAGAAUGUUCUGAUCCAGGAGCAGCUGAUGGAGCUUGACUGUGUAUUGCCUCUGAAGGCACUUCUGAGAACUUCUACUCCCAUAUGGACCGAGUCAGCUCUAACAUUCCUGUCUGUAUUGUCGGCAUAUCCACCAAACAAUGACAUCCUCAUGAAUGAAGGACUGUUGGAUGAAGUCGGUCAGCUGCUUCAUCAUCAGAGGUCCAGCUCUGCUAUAAUCAUGCACAGCUCUAAGAUAAUCGCUAACCUGUGUAGCUCGUGUAUGGGUCAGCAGGCCGUGAUGAAAAGUCUGUGUUUAUCAGGACUCCUCUCAGCCCUUCUGUCUGCCACCUUGGCAGAUGAGACCUUGGUGCAUGUGACAUCAUGCUUACAUCACCUGAUGAUCUGGGAUCAACUUAAGUCUAAGUUGUCAGCGACAAUAACAUCAGAUCAAGUUUCAGCACUGGUGAAGCUGUCUGGACAAAUAAGAAAUCCUCAGUUGUCAUACAACUGUGCAGCCAUCAUAAGCAAAUUAGAAAUGAGUGAGGAGAUGAUCCACUUACUGAGACCUCACUACAUGACCAUAUCUGAGAUCCUGUUGGUAUUCCUCCAGAAGAAAGAUGUUAAAUUCCAGCAGCUCUGCAUAGUUAUAGUAUUCAACCUCAAGAAAGAUGGAGACUUCUCAUCUCUGCUGGCUAACAGUGAGCUAGAGCUGCAGCUCUGGAAGGUGCAUGCGCAGACAGAGGAAACCAGACGGCUGCUGCAAAUGAUUCAGCCUCUUUCUCCAUCUUCUGUUAACCCUUGACUUUCUCAGUAUAAAUAUUGAGUGAUAUAUUGAGAUGUGCACACUGUGUCCAUACAUUGUAUGGAUAAACAGCAUUUUUAUCACAUUUGGAGUUUUGAUAGCCUGUAUGGCUUUUUUUGUUUUACUUAAUUGUUAAAGUCAACAUAUUAACUGAAACAAGGGACUCAGUAUAGUAUCCACUUUAAUCAAAUAUGGCAGACAUUUCAACAGGUUAACAACUGAUAGUAAUAAGCAAUACUCCAAC